UGACGAAAUUCUACUCCUCCCAGUAGUCAGUCCCAUAGCAUAACGAGAGAGAGGGAGGGAGGGAGAUGGCGGAGGCGGCGGCCAACGGCAGCAGAAGAGCAGGGAGGUGGUCCCUCAAGGGCGCCACGGCACUAGUCACCGGAGGAACUCGCGGAAUCGGGAGAGCGAUAGUGGAGGAGCUGGCCGAGUUCGGGGCGGCCGUGCACACUUGCUCGAGGAACGAAUCGGAGCUCGGGGCUAGCUUGAAGGAGUGGGAGGCCAAGGGGUUCGCGGUGACUGGCUCCGUCUGCGACCUGUCCUCUCGAGAGCAGAGGCAGGAUCUCAUUGCCAAAGUCUCCUCUGUUUUCAAUGGCAAGCUCAAUAUCCUUAUAAAUAAUGCCGGGACGAACGUUAGGAAGCCGACAGUUGAAUACAGUGAGGAAGACUACUCAAAGAUCAUGGCCACGAAUCUCGAAUCUGCUUACCAUCUUUGCCAGAUCGCUUACCCUCUUCUGAAAGCAUCCGGGUCAGGAAGCAUCGUGUUCAUCUCCUCUGUUGCUGGGUUGCUGAGCUUAGGGACUGGCUCCAUUUAUGCUGCAACUAAAGCUGCGAUCAAUCAGAUUACGAAGAAUCUGGCUUGUGAAUGGGCCAAAGACAACAUCAGAAGCAACUGUAUAGCACCAUGGUACAUCAAGACCUCACUCGUGGAACACCUCCUUGAUAAGAAGGAAUUUUACGAUGGAGUAAUAUCUCGGACCCCACUUCAGCGAGUUGGAGAGCCUGAGGAAGUUGCUUCUCUGGCAGCCUACCUAUGCCUUCCUGCAGCUUCAUACAUCACAGGUCAGGUCAUAUCAGUUGAUGGAGGGAUGACCGUGAACGGGUUCUUCCCAAACAUAAAAUAAGCUGAUAAAUCGCGCCAUCUUGCUCCUUUAAUUGCGAUGGAAGACCACAGCGCUCAGCAGUUAUGUUCAUUAGAUCUCUGACUUAUACCCAACGAAUGAUUGGACUUGUUACCUCUGUACAACUGUUAUUUGUGCCGACGAUGAGCGCCUUCAGGGCUGUGUUACAUAUUUGUCAUAGGUCCGAUAAAUGGCCGUUUCCGGUUCUUUGGAUGGCCUUGCACGGUGCUCUUUCGGGCAACCGUUCAGAUUUCAGUUGAUUUUGAGGUUGCUUCUCUGAUUAAACCCGAAAAUUUGUUAGGAUUUAUUUAUCCAUUUACAUGGUUAUUUAUUGAUUC